GCAAGGGCUAAACCCCUUCCCUCUUGCCACAUGACCUAUAUCUGAGCUUUCAACCACAAGACCGAAGGACCGCCAAUGCGCCGUGCAGGUCCAGAAAAUGGAGGAGGGUUCCCCUGCUCAUGCAGGCCGGCCCUGGGCCACCCAGGAGGCGGCGGAAUGGUUGGAGCAUCGGCGCAAGACGGCUCUUGCAGCUCAGCCGCAAGAUGCUGACUGCGUCAGGACUGCCAAGGUGCGCCAGAGCAGGCCCAAAGCUGUCCGGCCCAAAGCUGCCGACCAUGAGGAGCCGCAAAGGUACCGACGCCCACAUCUCCUCCAAGUGGAGGUGGGAGAGCUCUUGCUGAACGCUGCAUGCCUGAACCUCCAGCUGGCCUGGUAUGAAAGUGCAAGAUACUUUGUGUCAUUGCACCCUAGCUCGGCCAAGCUGCCCAUGGGGCACCUGCCCGAGGUGCCCACCGGCGAGCACUUGGCCUCGCAGCCGCAGCUGUCAAAGUCUUCGCAGUUUACUGCCUACGAGGGCGCUGAACUGGUGCAAUUUGGCGAGAAGCUGGAGAUGCAUGCGGAUUGCUUGGACUCGCACUUUGUGCUGUUCUUGUGGUGCUGCCGGAGCUCGCUGCUGAGAGAAGAGACGGUGCUGCUGGGCUAUCGGCCGGUUCCGCUGCGGGAACAGAAUUUGUACUGCAGAUGGGCCACCUGGGACAUCCUGGGGGAAAGUGAGCAGCAGCUGGCACAGCUGGGCCUACGGCUGGACGUGAUCUCUCCGCCAGGCCAGAUCCGCCUGCCGCACCUCACGGAGGUCUCGACCACGGGGUUCACUCUGAACUGGAGUGAGCCCUUGGGGCCGAGCACCAGCAACUACGCAGUUUCGGUCCAGCCGGCGGAGGGCGCUGCGGCCUUGUGCAGACAAAGUACCUGCGGCCACUUCGUGCAGCUGCAGGGUUUGCUGCCUGGCACAACAUACGUGGUGGACGUGAGGGCCAUGAACCAGGCUGGCUGGGGCGAGAGCUGCAAGCUGGAGGCGUCCACAUAUUCAGCGACGGGCAGCGACGGGCAGCGACGGGGAGCGACGGGCAGCGACGGGCAGCUACGGGGAGCGACGGGCCGGGAGGGAGACGGGGAGCGACGAGGAGCGACGGGGAGCCACGGGAAGCGCAAGCAGGGAGGCAGACGGGGAGAAGCGGGGCGCGACGGGGAGCGACGGGCGACGGGGAGCGACGGGGAGCGACGGGGAGCGACAGGGAGCGAGAGACGGGGAGCGACGGAGAGCGACGGGGAGCGACGGAGAGCGACGAAGAGCGACGGGGAGCGACGGGGAGCAACGAGGAGCGACGGGCAGGGAGGGAGACGGGGAGCGCCGAGACGGGGAGUGACGGGGAGCGACGGAGAGCGACGGGGAGCGACGGGGAGCGACGGGCAGGGAGGGAGACGGGGAGCGGCGGGGUGCGGCGGGGUGCGACGGGGAGCGACGGGGAGCGACGGGCAGGGAGGGAGACGGGGAGCGACGGGGACCGACGGAGAGCGACGGGGAGCGACGGGGAGCAACGGGGAGCGACGGGGAGCGACGGGGAGCGACGGGGAGCGACGGGCAGGGAGGGAGACGGGGAGCAACGGGGAGCGACGGAGAGCGACGGGGAGCGACGGGGACCCGCGACGUGGAGCGACGGAGAGCGACGGGGAGCGACGGAGUGCGUCGGGGAGCGACGGGGAGCGACGGGCAGGAAAGGAAACGGGGAGCGACGGGGACCGGGAGCGACGUGGACCCGCGACGGGGACCGACGGAGAGCGACGGGGAGCGACGGGGAGCGAUGGGGAGCGACGGAGAGCGACGGGGAGCGACGGGGAGCGACGCGACGGGGAGCGACGGGGAGUGACGGGAGACGGGGAGCGACGGGGAGCGACGGAGAGCGACGGGGAGCGGGGAGCGACGGGCAGGGAGGGAGACGGGGAGCAGGGAGACGGGGAGCGACGGGGACCGACGGAGAGCGACGGGGAGCGACGGGGACCCGCGACGGGGAGCGACGGAGAGCGACGGGGAGCGACGGGGAGCGACGGAGAGCGACGGGGAGCGACGGGGACCCGCGACGGGGAGCGACGGAGAGCGACGGGGAGCGACGGGGAGCGACGGGGAGCGACGGAGAGCGACGGGGAGCGACGGGGAGCGACGGGCAGGGAGGGAGACGGGGAGCGACGGGGACCGACGGAGAGCCGGGGAGCGACGGAGAGCGACGGGCAGCGACGGGGAGCGACAGGGAGCGACGGAGAGCGACGGGGAGCGACGGGGAGCGACGGGAGACGGGGAGCGACGGGGACCGACGGAGAGACGUGGACCGACGGAGAGCGACGGGGAGCGACGGAGAGCGAUGGGGAGCUUGGAUGA